UGCCUCACUAGACUACAUAAUAUCAGUUAGGGAAGUUUCUCUGAGGUUGCUUGCUUGCAUCUUCAGAAUACAAGCAGAGCGCAAAGUGCCAAGGAUAUUACCUUCUGAAAAGGUGUGAAGAGUAUCCAGAAUGAGUCAAGCUGAGGAAACCAGUACCGACUUGACAUGGAACACUGUGAAGCUGGUAGUUUGCAUGAUACUGAGCUUGUCAUUCAUUAUUGGGACUCCUGGAAAUUGCAUUGUCAUCUGGACUGUUUGUACUAAAAUGAAGCAAGUGUCUCCUUCAGUCCUGCUGAUUUUGCACCUGGCCAUUGCAGAUAUCCUCGUACUGAUUACUUUGCCUAUCUGGAUUUACUCCUUUGCUGACUCAUGGGUUUUUGGAAUCAUCUUCUGCAAAAUACUGGUCUUUGUUAUUUACUGCAGCAUGUAUGCCAGUAUAUUUCUGAUUACAGCGCUGAGCUUGGAGAGAUUAAUGGCUGUGUUUUACCCUUUUGCUGUUCAGAGAUACAAAACAAAGGAAAAAACUUCGGUAAUCAUGUUCCUCAUUUGGUUCCUGUCUAUAGCUUUUGGCCUUUCUAUCAUCCCAUUUCAAGAGACAGACGAAAUCAAUGGUGGACAGCAGUGCACGUGUCGCAACUACUCUUCUACUAGACAGAAAGUGUCAUACCUUUUGCUGGAAACUCUUGCAGGUUUUGUAAUUCCUUUUUUAAUUAUAUGCACCUGUUAUGUGUGUGUUGCAAAAAGAAUAAGCCAAAUGACUUACCAGUCGAAGCAGCGAUCAGAGCGGCUCAUUACCAGCAUUGUGGUGGCGUUCAUUUUAUGCUGGUUCCCUCAUCAUCUUUUUAACAUCCUAGAUAUUAUUUUAAUUGAAAUAGAACACUCUGAGGAAACUUAUUUGACUCUGGAAAAAGUUAUAGACACAGGAGAGUAUAUCUCUGGAGCACUUGUGUUUGUCAGUAGCUGUAUUAACCCUCUACUUUAUGCUUUUGCUGCACGAAAAUUUCAGAAUCACCUGAGAAUUGCCAAGAUAUCAAAGCUCUUUGAACAGAUGAGUCAGACUGGAACAGAUGAAGACAAGAAAAAGAGUCCUCCUGUAGCCAAACAAGAAACUGUUUCAGUUGGCAUGGAAAAUCUCUAACAAAGAACAUAGACUUACUAAAUAAUGAGAUUCUGGGGCAUCCACUCGGUAGUCCUUACGCCUAGAGACAAGUAAAUGUUAUCACAGUUCUGUAUGUUUUAAAAGAAUUGGCUGUGACAGCCUUGUUUGGUUCCUAAGCUGGUAUCCACAUCACAAAAUCAAGUGCUUCAGUGAUGCUGAGAACCUCAGCAAGGUGACUGGAAGUUUAAGUGUAGAGAAUGCAAUAUUUUUACCUUGCAUAGAAUUGUUAUUUUUUUAGAAAAAGUGUAGAAAACAGAAGCAGCAUUUAUGUGGAAAAAAAUAUUUGGAAAUUUAAAGCUUAAUUGUUUUUCUGGAGCAAAACCUGAAGUGGUAAAAGAAAUCCCUGUAUAUAUAAUCUGAAGUUGUAAGUGAGCAAGCUUGGAUUCUUGUUAUGGGUAAGAAUGGAUUUCAAUAUUAACAGCACAUAAAAUUUGUCGGUAGAUGGAAAACAAAAGAAUUUUUUAUACAGGACUUCAUUUAAGUUGGAAAGUAACAAGGAUUGUUUAUACAACCUCAUUUACAGAAGUAUCUUAUGUUAGAGUAUUAAGUAUGGCAUGCAUGUUCAGAAAAAGGUACAGAAAAAUCUGUUCCAUGACAGUUACAGACAUCAUGCUAUAUUUGAUUUAAAUUAUAUUGCAUACUUUAGUGGCAACUAAACUAUUGCUAUAUCUAACAUUCAUAGUAUGAGUAUAGUCAAAAAGUUUGACUCAGUUAAGCUCACAAGAUGUCUGUUAAGCUCUGGAGGAAUUUAGUCAAGCCCUACAGCAGGGGAAGGAAACAUCGCUGAGAUUUUUUUCUAACAUGGAAGCAUGUUAUGGGAGCAGUACAAAGUGCCUAAUACCCAAAGAAUUUCACCUUGCACAUAAAAGCUUUUUUUCCCCUCUUGUAGAAUAGAGUAGAACUUGUUUUAAAGAAAUACAUUUAGGACUUGCAAGGAACUUAUUUUUGUUUUGUGCGUGCAAACUCACUGUGAAAAAAUUGCAAGGCAUCAAAUGUGUGCUUUCAAUGAGUAUUUUUAAUUUCAGUUGUGCUUGACAUUUUUUAUACUUUUGCUUAUUUUUAUGUCAAUAAUUUGUAAUGAGAUGAAAAUAACUACUGACUACUAAGAUUUACUGUUACUAUGUUACUCUUGCAAUACCCUGCAGAUUGUGUUUUGGACAGCUGCUCAUAGUUUUGUAACUCAUAUUUACAAAGAAAUUAUGGAGGACUAACUACAACUUCAUCUUCAAGAGCUAAUUAUUUAACAGACAAGGAAAUUUGAGUUGUUUUAAUUUAGCUUGUAAACUGGAAUAACACGGGGAAAUAAAAUCCUUACAUGUUAAUAGUAGAA